ACUGACAGCUCUUUUUAUAUCAAUCAUGCAAUAAGCAUGCUGCCAAUUAUGCCCCCCUUACCUAUUUUCCUUAAAAGCUUUUAUCUAAAUCCCAUCUCAUUGUCCAACAUGACACAGUGCCAAUAAAGGUAGCUUCCACAAAAGAAUUGUGUUUUUAUUAUGGCUUCUAAGUAUUACUUCUUGGUGUAGAGUGUAGUAGACAAACAAAAACAAAACUGUUAUUGUUAUCAGUAUUAUUAUGAAGUGUACAAGACUCUAAUUCCAAAGGAGAAAUAAUUCUCCCUUUUCUGGACUUCACAUUAUUGUCAGUGGCUCUCUAUCUCUAUGAUUGUAACAGUCUGGCUUGUGUUUCUAGGAAGGUGGGUGGGUUCUCCUUCUCAAGUCCUAGCUGUACCACCCAAUGAUAUAAACCACAAUAGAAAAUCUCUUCAUCCACUGGUUGGGGAAUUCUUUUUUGAUAGCUUAUUGCUGUCUUAUUUGUUGUUCACUGUUCUUUUUCUAGUAUUAAAAAUAGCUACCAAAACUAAGGCUUUUUUCCUUUCUUCCUUUUUCAAAAUCUGAUAUAUUUCUCAUUGUAUUCAAUUUUCUAUGUACUUGGAUAGUCUAUGAUUAAGACCUUGUUGCAAAAUUUCCCUCUCUGUCUUAUUGGUUCAGUUCAGAUAUGGCAUUCCAUCUGUUGCAAGUUUGAUUAGCAAACGUCUACAAUUCUACAUUUUCCAUUGCAAAACGCUUCCUUUUUUUUUAUAUCUUUAAAACCCCAUUUGGGAAUUGGGAGAGUGAUGCAUAUUGAAGCUGCCAAAACAACUAAAGAUGGCAAAUCUUGUUCCUGGGGUGCUUCUCAAACUUAUGCAGCACAUGAACACAGACGUGAAAGUAGCUGGUGAGCACAGGUCCUCGUUGCUGCAAGUUGUGAGCAUUGUUCCAGCACUUGCAGGGGGUGAGUUGUUCCCAAAUCAAGGAUUUUAUCUCAAGGUUUCUGAUUCCUUGCAUGCCACCUAUGUCUCUCUCCCUGAUGAACAUGAUGAUCUCAUCCUCAGUGACAAGAUUCAACUGGGGCAGUUUGUUUUCGUGGAUCGUUUGGAGGCAGCUUCACCAGUUCCUAUUCUUCAUGGGGUUAGGCCUGUUCCUGGGAGACACCCUUGUGUUGGAACCCCUGAGGACAUUGUUGCAACAACUCACUCACUUGGGUUCCUUAGUAACGGCAAGGCUAACAAGAAAAGUCCUUGUUCUGGACCCUUGGACUUAGAGAGGUCCAAGUCUCCGAGGAAAGUGUUGAGCAAUCACCAUGUUGGGGAGAAGGAGAAGAAGGAGAAAGUGAGAUUGAAUAAUGAAGAUCAAUUAGACAAGAAAGCAAUGCUGUUUGCUAAGAGUAAAUCUCAGACAACAAAAGCAGCAGCAGCUAAUGUUGCUGAUGCGAAGAAGGAACCGUUGGCGAGAUGGAAGUCAUUGAAUUCAAGGACCAUUCCUUCUUCCCCCACUAGUUGCUAUUCCUUGCCUACUUCUUUUGAGAAAUUUGCCAAUGGGGUCAAGCAGCAGGCAAAUAUCAAGGGAGUGGACAGGCUAACUGCUAAGGUGGGAGUGGUGGAGAUAGGAAAGGGUGUCCGUGGAACCAGUCCAACCGGGAAGAGAAUUUCCGUGGGAAACCCGAUCAGAAAUUUGGUUCAGGGAAUUGAGCUUGGAGCUAAGGCGCUGCGUAAGAGCUGGGAAGGGAAUAUGGAAGUCAAGAAGAAAGAUACAUCCAAAUUAAGGGCCGCCAAGUGUGAUCCUAAGCCAGAGGUUCGUGGCUCAACUCCUAGGAGAAGUACUUCAAGUGAAAAGUUGCCCUCUAAAGAAGAGAGCAAGAUGCAACCGCAGACAAAGUCCUCCAAGGAAGAGCACAAGACUCAAACAUCUAUAAAGAGAGUUAUUGUCAGUGGAACAAUGGAGGAACAAGAAAAACCAAGUAAGCAAAGAGUUCCUGUUGGAAAGAAAUUGUCAGAAGCUUCUAACAAUGGAUUCCCUGGAAACUUGGUCAAAGUUUCUCCAAGUAGUAGAAAAGUGACAGAUGCAAGUGUUCCAUGGGCUUCACUCCCGUCAUCUAUUGCAAAGCUUGGGAGGGAAGUGAUGAAGCAAAGAGAUGCCGCACAGAUGGCUGCAACUGAGGCUAUACAAGAGGCUGCUGCUGCUGAGAGUUUGCUGCAAUGUCUAAGUGUAUACGCAGAGCUUAGUAAUUCUGCUAAGGAACAAAACCCGCAGCCUGCAGUAGAGGAGUUCCUAACUCUUCAUGCUAGCCUAAAUAGUGCACGGAUGAUUGCUGACUUGCUAUCUAAAUCCAAUCCAGAUGAUUCUUCUUCAGAUAAUGAAAGAAGCAUAACAGAAGAGGCACUAAAACUCAAACUAGAUAGACAAAGGCGUGCAAAUUCUUGGGUCCAGGCUGCUUUAUCCACCAAUCUAUCAUCCUUUUCUAUUUAUAACCACGAACCUCUAUCAUCCAAGCUUCCAGUUUCAACCAAUUCUCAAAACCAAAAGAAUAUCCUGGGAAGUAAACCAAUGCUAGUCAUGGAAAAUUCAAGUGAAGAUUCAUCAAAAUCUCAUGGAAAAACCCGUCAGACGGCUAAUUCCAAAACUCCUCACAAAACAGGUGAUAUGCUAGCAAAUGGACACAAGCAACUAGUCCAAUCACCGCCAGAGUGGGUUAGAGGAAAUGGCCUUGAUGAGGUGGUUGAUUUGGCUGACAUGCUGCAACUGCGGUCACGAGAUUGGUUUUUGGUGUUUGUUGAGAGAUUCUUGGACCCUGAUGGGGACACUAGCUUGUCAAAUAAUGGUCAAAUAGCAGGUAUGCUCACUCAACUGAAAAGUGUGAAUGAUUGGCUUGAUGAGAUAGGAUCAAGCAAGAAUGAGGGAGAACCUUGCCAGAUACCAGCAGAGACAAUUGACAGGCUGAGGAAGAAGAUAUAUGAAUAUCUUCUUACACACGUUGAAUCCGCCGCCGCUGCACUCACUGGUGGAUCACAAUCAUCACCUAGAAUCCAAACAGCAGAGAUCAAAGCCAAAAAGUGAUGAAUAAGUACAUAGCUUAGCUUGAGGAUACAUUAUUUAUGUUGGCAUGGGAGGAAAUUUAGUCACCAAAAGUUGUUCAAAAGAAUUUCUCUUCUUCCACUCAUUUUUUUUGUAUAUAAAUCCCGCAUGUGUUUUGAGGUAUAGAAUAUGGAGUGAUAAUUAUUUAUCUGGGGAAGUAGCCUAUGUGAUUUGUGAGGAUUUUCUUAUCCUUUUACCAAGUUAUACAGAAAUUGGAACAGUGGACAAAUAUAAGCAGAAGUGAUCUUUGCAUGAUUAUGCUUC